UGGUAAGAAAUAAGUUUUGUGGAGCAGCGCAACAACACAGUGACAACUGAGAAAAGUUCUCUCUUUUCUACUAAAUUAAUCCCGUUAGUAGGAAUCUGUCGCCGGAACACAACAACCUUUUAACUAGCUCCAACACCCAUUUUAGUGACCGGGUCAAAUUUGCGUGAAAUGGAUAGAUGAUUGAUUAUUAAUGGGCAUCUAGAGUGACGACGCUUCUGGGAAAAAAUGGGUGAUUUUAAGGAAUUUCUAAUGCUUUUACUUGAGGAAGUCUGAAAGUUGCUGGAGAGAAACCAAAGACUUUGACUGUACAAAUAGGAAUGGCAGAGCAGGAUUUUCUCCCUGAUGAAGGUUUGGAGCUCGAACAGAGUUUCCAGCCUGCUCCUUAUGAGCCCUUAAACUCUCGAACUGAAGCUUCAGCCCAAGAGGCACGUAGCGCUGCAGAUAGCUCUGAUCUUUUGUGCACUUCUCUCAUGGUGGAAUCUGACUACUCAACAAACCUUCCAGAAUGCAAAAAUGUCCACAGUGAAAAUCUAAACAGCCCUGAUUUGGAGGAUCUAGACGCUUACAACCUGAUUGAGCCCCCUCCACUUGACUGGAGGUCUGAUUCUUCCAGCGAGGCUGGUUCAGUUGGAGAACUUGAAGGCUGUUCGGUGGGAGAUUUUGGGGUUCCUGGAUCUUUCAACACAGACUUGAAUGAAGACACAGUGUCUGCGGUAAGUGACUACGGAGCUCAUGACUCCAAUGAAGCUUCUGAAAAAAAGCAAGUGCUAUUGUUUCAUGAAAUGUGCAAGGACAAGCCAAAAAUUUUUGGUUUUCAAAAACAGGAAGAGCAACGGGAAAGAAAAGAGAAGCAGAUGGUGGAGACCGAAAAAAAAAUGAAAAAUGAUGAUCUUGACCACUCCCACAUUCAAAGUCUCCUGACUCAGCUCCAUCUCUUACAUCCAUCGACUCCUCUCGAAACUUCCACCCACUGCACUCCUGAUGACUUGGCCAAUCACAGCACUCUGCAUCACUCUUCUACUUCAUUGGAAGAUAUCGCCCCCUCCUGCCAAGACUUGAAGCCGAAUGCCCAAACAGCAUGCGCAGACGGGAGUAUCCCCGCAGCUCUGCUCUUUUCACAGGAUUAUCAGAAAGAUCUUCUGCAGCUGUUGGAGGAUCCAGGCCCUGAGGAAUCCAGAGCUGACCCACAGGGGCACUCCGAAUCCCAGUCAGGACUCAGAAGGCAGAGCAGUGAUGCUUAUGAGAUGAUCUCAGUGUCUCACAGCGAGGACGCCUGGCACAGACACCUGCAGGAUGAGCUGUUGGUCUCAGGGAUAACAGAGGAGGAACAGUGGGUAGCGUCUGAAGGUCUGGUUACAGAUCAGUCUGUAGGGGAGAGCAAUGAUCUGGAAGCUGAGAUGCAGCCUGCUUAUAAGAAUGUGCCUGGUCCAUGUGACCCUGAAGACCUCCUGGAUGGGGUGAUCUUUGGGGCAAAAUAUCUUGGAUCUACACAGAUGCAGUCUGAGAAGAAUCCCUCCACCAACGCUCGUAUGGCCCAAGCACAGGAGGCCAUGGAUCGAAUUAAGGCACCGGAAGGGGAGUCUCAGCCUAUGACCGAAGUGGAUCUGUUCAUUUCCACACAGAGAAUCAAAGUACUGAGUGCUGAAACACAGGUGGCCAUGAUGGACCACGCUCUGCAAAUGAUUUCAUACAUUGCAGACAUUGGGAAUAUUGUGGUUUUGAUGGCCCGCAGAAAGCCGGCUGGUCGCAAAACAGCAGAUUCCACGGCCAGCUCCACAGCACCACAGAAGAAGUGCUGGAUGAUUUUCCAUGUGUUUUCUUCAGAGGAUGCUCAGAUCAUUGCACAGGCCAUCGGUCAGGCAUUUGGUGUCGCAUACCAGCAGUUUCUGUAUACUAAUGGAAUUAAAGCCAGUGACUUGCGGCCAGGCGAGUACAGCGAUUACCUCGGCACUCAGGAGCUUUAUAAUGGAGACCUGGUUCACUUUUCAUGUUCAGAAAACAUCAGAGAGGUAUGCAUAUCGAAGAAGGCAGGGGAUAUAUUAGGUGUUGCAAUUGUGGAGUCUGGCUGGGGCUCCAUACUGCCGACUGUUGUUGUGGCCAACUUGCUACACGGAGGCCCUGCGGAACGUUCCAGCAAGUUGAGCAUUGGUGAUCGCAUCAUGUCCGUUAAUGGCACCAGCUUGGUGGGGCUCCCUAUCGCCACCUGCCAAAGUAUCAUACGAGACCUGAAAAGCCUGUCGAUGGUGAAGCUCAGCAUCGUUCACUGUCCACCCGUCACCAUGGCGAUCAUCAAGCGUCCAGACCCCAAGUAUCAGCUAGGGUUCAGCGUGGAAGACGGGAUUAUCUGCAGUUUAAUGCGGGGAGGAAUCGCUGAGCGGGGGGGCAUUCGAGUUGGUCAUCGCAUUAUUGAGAUCAACGGGCAGAGUGUGGUGGCCACAGCCCAUGAGAAGAUCAUCCACAUUCUGUCCAAUGCUGUAGGAGAGAUUCAUCUGAAGACUAUGCCAACAUCAACAUACCGCCUCCUGACUGGACUAGAUCAACCUGUGUUCCUUUAAGAGUUCCUUUAAGAAUAGUUCACAAAUCCCACAUAGUUCACAUAUGAGAGAAAUGAAAACUCUCUCAUCAUUAACUCACCCUCAUGCCAUCCCAGAUGUGGAUGACUUUCUUAUUUCAGCAGAACACAAGCGAAGAUUGUAGAAGAAUAUCUCAGCAUUGUAGAUCCAUUCAAUGCAAGUGAAUGGUGGCCAGAACUUUGAAGCUCCUAAAAGUACGUAAAGGCAACAUAAAAGUAAUCCAGUGGUUUAAUCCAUGUCUUCAAAAGAGAUAUGAUGGUUGUGGGUGAGAACACAUCAAUAUUUAAGUCCUUUUUUACUAUAAAUCUCCACUUUAACUUUCAAAUUCUUUUGUUUUUGGUGAUUCACAUUCUUCGUGCAAAUCGCCACCUACUAGGCAGGGAGGAUAAUUGAUCGUAUUGAUAGAUUGAUUGAUAGAUAGCUGAGAUAUUCUUCUAAAAAUCGUUGUUUCAUUCUGCAGAAGAAAGAAAGUCACACACAUCGGGGAUGGCGUUAGUGUGAGUAAAUGAUGAGAGAAUUUCCAUUUUUGGAUGAACUCUCCCUUUAACUGUUUUGGAGUGUAACAUGUACUUUUGCCUGUUUAUGCUGCCAAACCAAGGUGCCCAAAGGGAAACCUUGUGUUUGAAUGACUAUGCGUUAGAAUCUACACCCAGUCUGAACACCUUACAUGCAAAUCAUAUUAAGGCUUUCAUCACAAGCUUCUUGCUCUUGUGCAAUAUCACUGUUAUGACUUGAUGUUCAGUGUUUUUAAAGGGUUUACAUGCUCUUUACAGAGCUCAAGAUUUAGUGCCUGUAAAAAUGAAUGGACCCUGGAUUAUCCCAGGGUUCAUUUUUAGCAUUAGAGAGAGAAAAUAUUUUAAUAACUGCUGUAUUGGAUGUUUAUUAAAGAGACAUGCAUACAUUUUUUGGUAUGACUAUUGUAUUUAAUUGUACAGAUAUAGCAGUAAUCACACUGGUCAAAAUCCAAAUUUUGAGUUUUCCUGAAUUUUGUCAGAAGAUAGGCCACUAUUAAGCCAUUACUGCUCUCCGAACCUUAUACAUUUAUAUUCAUGCAUAAUUGUCAUGAAAAUGAUAUCUGAAGAAUCUGUUCACUACUAACCAUUAUUUAAAAUGGGCUUCUAUUUUCUUUAUGCACAAUCUAAUUUAAUAAUCCUCAUGUAAGUGAUCUUGUAACACCGGUAGUGCACGGACUGCAGGAAUGCAGACCCGGUAAAUGCAUAUGGAAACGGAAGAGUUGGGCAUAACAAAAUGUAACCGCCAUUUGCUCUUUCUUUUUUAUUUUUUUACAGUGUUGCUUAUUGAGAUUAAUUACGACAGCGUAAACUACAGAACCGGAACUGUGAAACAUUUGACAUGCUUGGACCUGCUAUGAAUGGUUCAUUACAUAUUAAUGCCUAGUUAUUACAUCCCACAAUGUCUGUUCUCAAACCUGGAAUAGCACAGUGUAAGGGCAAAUUUUAAGGUUAUUCUGAGCAAAAUAUGGCCUUUUUGGAAUAUUGUAUAACAUGUACUAAAAUAUAUGGUUUCUCUUGGUUUAUCUAAAAUGUUUGUAAAUUGUCAAGGUGAGGCAUCUUUGGUGCUGAAUUAUUUUGUAUCAGCAAUGAUAAAUUAUUUUGAAAUUUUGACUAAUAAAAAAAAAAAAAUCAAUACUUUCAGUCAUUACAUUUUAAGGACUAGUUCUACUUCAGAAUUAUUAUGUAUUAUGUAUUCUCAAAAGCACACUGAAAGGGGGUCCAGUUUAAAAAUUGCAGUUGAAAUUGUAAUGAUAUUCUGAACAAAAUGUGACCUUGUUGGAAUAUUGCUUAAAGCAUAUAUGCCAUAUGAUAGCGUUUUAAUAUAUUAUUUGUCUGAAUUCAUCUAAAGUGUCUGUUUAUCAGUUGCCAAGGUAAAUCAGGCAGUUAGAGUUAAACAAGAGGUGCUGUAGGUGAUUUAGUAUCAACAAAUUUUUUUUUAUUACAUAAAGCAGCAAUAAUUUCAGUAUUACAUACACUUUUGUUGUCUUACACUCACAAAUAUUCAUGUUAAAUAAAUGUUUUCUGUGUCCA